AUGACCUCGUUGACGAUCGUCGCUGGGCUGCUGCGGCACCACCGAGAUCCAGGUCCUCUGCAGCACGUCGCACCACAAAUCUCCAGCUUCUUAGGACCGCCACCGUGUCUGUCGCUCAGCCGAGCGUGUUCCUUAGGCUCCACCAAGCUCCUGGAUUGGAUUUGGAGCUCUAGCCCCACAUCUGCAGCAAGUCGUCCAUCAACAUGGUCACUCCACAACUUUCUACGCUCAGAUCCACACUACAAUCGCGACCAGUUUAUGGAAUCGCUCAAAGUUGCUGUGCGCCGUAAGGAUUUAGCCGUGAUCAAAUGGCUGUUCGCUCACUUCUCGGGGCUUGAAGUGCCUUUAGAUAUAAUGACGCUGGCUGCGAGUAUGAAAAGUCUUUCCAUACUUCAAUUUCUACUGGACAGCGAUGCCAGUCGCGAAGGAAGAGAAAACAAACGCCAGAAGAAGAGAAAAGUGGAGGCAAAUGACAGCGAGAUGAAGAAGGCAGAAAAGAUGGAGCCUAUGCCUAUUGGUAACCAUGUGGUUCACUGGGGCGAGAAUGUGCUGAUGAGUGCAGUAGAGUCUGAAUGCCCUCAAGUUGUGAAAUGGCUACAUGAAAACGUGCCUCUUGGAGACGAUGAGCGGGGCCUCGAGCAAGCAGUUGUCUUCUCUCUGGGAAAGGGGAGUGAUGAAAUUGCCAAGAUUUUGAUGCCCAAGGGAAGUUGCUUGUUAGACUAUGCGUCUUCGGCGAACAUGAAGGUGAUGGAGCUGCUACUUGACUGUGGAUAUGUCAAGCGAGAUGGAGAUCUUGCUAGCGCGACAUUUGAGAGCUUGGCCCGUUUCGGACGUUCGGAUCUCAUGCAGCAGAUUGUUCUGCUAUAUUCUCCCCCUUGUCAAGAUAGUCCGCUAAGCUCGCGUAUAUGGCGGACUGCGAUUGAAGCUGCAUGCAAAAAUGGCUAUUUGACGAUGCUUCGAUGGCUCUUGGAGCACCCGUUGGGACGAGAGCAUCGCGCAGACUUGCGGCUACAUCGACGAAGCUAUAUCCUCGUGCAUUUGGCAGGCCGGAAUUCCCAUGUCGAUAUUAUGCAGUAUGUCUACGACCUUAGCGCCGCAGACGACGUCAGCGAUGGUCACGUUGUCGCUAUGUAUAAAAAAGAGCUGUUAUAUGCAAUUCGCAUAGACCGCAUAAAUGUAGUCAAGUGGUUGGUCGAGAAUAUUCCUUUUUCGAUGGACUUUUACCGGGAUCCCUGGGCUUGGGGCAUUGCCACUGCGGCGACAUACCAGCGGCUCAAUAUUUUGAAGCUUUUCCACGAGAUGACGAUUGACACGACACCAAAUGGAGCUAGUCAAGCUCACCAGGUUGCUGCGUGGUGGUCUGCAUCUCAGCAGGCGAUGGACGUUGCUGCAGGCAAUGGAAGUGUGGAGAUGUUCCAGUGGCUGCUGUCAAAGCACCCCUCAAAGGUAACAGAGGAUGCGAUGAACAGAGCGGCGUGCGGCGGCCACCUGGAGAUGGUCAAGUGGCUUCAUAGCAAUAGAUCCGAAGGAUGCACUGAGAAGGCGAUGGAUGGUGCUGCAUCUAAAGGUCACUUCGAUGUGCUAUGGACGGAGCUGCUCGAUGCGGUCACUUGA